AUGGUGGCCAGUUUUGAGCCGCCUAGUGGGCAAACCACAAUAGCAAAACACCGGACGCCGGCUCCAGCAUUCCCAUUAUCAUCACCUCAUCAUGAUAAUCUAACGAGAUUCAAGCCUGUCAAUGGCGUCGGUACACUGGCCGCAAAAGACGUCUUUUUCUCGCCAAAUCCUUUUGCUUCAAGCUCUUCCGAAGACGACAGUGGAUCUUCGAGCGGACAAGAUGAGUUCCAUUUAGAAAGAUACAGCCAAGAAACCAACCGGACGACAAAAGCUGCAGGGAUGAAUCGCAGACAGUCUCGUCGGCGGAAUCAGCAGCACCCGGGUCAAUCAGCUGCCGACAAAAAGGCUCGUCCGGGGUUGAACAUUGUCACCAACUUCUCUACGAAAGCUAAAAGGUCGAACACCGAUGGACUGAUCCUGGAUCAGGUGCAAUCCCAAAGACCCCGACUUGGUCCGAGGUACGCCACCUCCAUCAAGUCGGCCAAAGCUGAGCACAUGAACCACCCGUUAAUCGAACCCCUUCCUCGGGCUGGCGUAGAUGGUGAUUCAGUGGACAAAGAGAGGGUGUCAAAGCGGGCUAUCGCUCGACAAGCUGUUUCGAAACUGCAGGAGUCACAGGCGGCAAGAACAAGGGCAGCAGAAGUGUCAAAGACCACGGAUCCAAAGUUCGCAGGCGAACAAACCCAUCAGGACGACCACAAAGUCCAGCUCCGCAAUCCAGUAAGCGCCACCAGUGGAUAUUCUCCUGGAGCUCGGUCGAUCGUUAUUGGCAUGAGCAUACCCGAGCAUGAAGUCGAUGCGCAUCGGUCUGUAGGUGGAGGUAACAAUGUCCACUCUGCAGAUACCCCCAACACACCUGCAAUUGUCAUCACUCCAGCGGACGAGGCCGAUUUCGGGAACCCAGCCGUUUCUAAGGAGUAUUCCAAGGUUUAUUCACCUCAUGCUCGGACCGGCUUCCAGAUGCAACCCAGCGACUUACCAUCCGUACCCGGGAUACCUGCGCGUUUUGGUAGAUAUGGUAGCGAAGGUCGACCAGUGGCAGGUGCGAGCAUCAUCCGCUCCGAGAACGAAUCCGACCUCAGCCGUCGAGGACGUUUCGACGAGAGCGAAGAGAUCGACCACCACUCAUUGGGGGAUGAACCCAGAGUUUCGACAGACAGCCAGGAACGUAUCCUACCAUCAGACCUUGAAAACAACCGUCACCAAUCGCAGGGUUGGUGGAACUUGAUGCUUUCACCCUUGCUGUCUCGAAAGGGGACGGUAGUCGAAAAGGGAACAGAGAGGAGUCCGGAAACGCCUCCUGUUCCGUCUAUCCCGGCUGACAUCAGGCUCUCCAAGUCGGACGUGGUAUCUCCCUUGACUUCCGAGUCUCCAGAAACGCCACGACGGGCUGGACUUGCCAGUGCGCGAGCCAGCGUGUGGUCCAGGUGGACGACUUGGGAGCGACAAAGGGAUGAAGGCAAAAGGAUUGAUCCGACAGACGAUCGCAAGGACGACGUUGGACAGCGCCGUGAUUUGAUACAGGACUGGGACCAAGUGCCGCCAUUUCCACUAGUCGACUACGGCAAAGGGCUUGCUGCGGAGUACUAUCAUGCCUGUGCUGUCGAGCAGUUAACUGGCAAGGCGUAUUUCGAAUGUGAAAACCAUUCCUGUGCAGAAAGGUUGCCUCAACUACAGUCAGUAUUCGACAAAGCGGUGUCCACGGGGACGCCACUGGAUGCCUCGAAGACACUGGGCGGAGACGUCGAGGAGGAUGCCAAGGGAGCUCCCACAAGCAGUCUAACGUUAGAUCGAAAAAUCUCUAGUCCACAAGAGCCAGAGGAGCUGUCACCAAAUGUCAGACAGGCAAACACAGCCACCGUGGUCCGGGCUCGUGCCGUCGAGACACCCGAACUUACGCAAGAGUCACAAGGCGAACAGACGGAGGCCCCGAACGGCCCAGCAGAUGCAGAUACAGUGACCGAAACGCUUUCUGCCCCAAAUACAAAGACACCUCCUCGUGAACCUCAGUACCCUAAUAUCGCCACGAUCGCAUCGUCCAAUCUCCAACCACCAAUUCUGUCACCUGGCCCUGUAUCGCCAGCCAUGCAACACACAAUGGCGUCCCAGGGUGCCGUUCCCAUGGCUGAAAUCGAUCAUCAGCCGAAUCAGCCACGUUUGCUUGAGCAAUCGACGACAUCGACUGACCGACAAGCGUUUGGAGCAACGCAACCACCCGCGGUGACCAUACAUAAUCAUGCCUUCUAUAGCGACAGGUCCGCGUCUGAAAACAAUGCGGCUGUUGAACAGGCAAGAAAAGAAGCCAUGGAACGACUCGAGUCCGCUCAUGUUGACGGCGAGGUUGACCAAGCCCCCAAAAAAGCAAGAGAGGAACCACCAGUGACGAGAGAUCCAGAACCUGAGGAAAAGCAGGAAAGGAAAAGCCUAUGGUCGAGAUUCAAGAGCCUCCUCCCGAAGAAGAAGGCAGAAGAAACUGUGGCGCCUGACAAAAAGAAGAAGCGCCGUUGGACACUUAUCAUUUCCGUUGUCUUGUUUCUCAUCGUGCUUGCGUGCAUUUUGCUUGCUACGCUUCUCACGCGAACAGGUGAUGGCACACCUGUUCAGAGUCAGUGGCUGAACCUUACCGGCUAUCCUCCCAUUCCGACGGGCAUAUCCACGAUAGCGAGACCCGAUGUCGUCAAGCAGCAAUCCAAAUGCGUGGCACCCAAUACCAUGUGGAGCUGCGCGCUUCCGAAGGAAGACCAGUUCGAAGUGGCGCCUAACUCUCCAGAUCAGCCGAAUUUCAGAUUUCAGAUCACCUUUCGAAAUGGCACAGUGCCUGCGAAUAUGUCCGUUCCAGCACCGGAUUUGAAGAAAAGGUCAAUGGUGACUCUGACGGAGAGGGCGAACGACCCCUUUACGAACGAGCUCUUUACGCCGAACCCGACUCCGCCGAGUCGAGCGGACCAGAUCUUCGUGGGCAACACGACGGACAACAUCACACAACCUUUCGAGGGAGAGCCGACGCCAUUCUUUAUCAGCUUCAUCCCUGUCUUUCCCAUCGAUCCUUCAAACACGACUGCUGGGAUUUCGGAAUCCACUGCUUCGACAGUCCGAAAGCGUCAGUCUAACAACUCUGCCGACGAUAUUAUUCCUGGUCCAGACGUCUUGGACGACGGCAGUGCUGCGCCCGCAAAUCUUCUGCCAACCGAGCCCUACCCAACGUCACAACCAAUCAAACUGUACAACCGGGGUCAAGCUGACGAGCAUUAUGGCUUCUACCUGUACUACGACAAAUCCAUCUUCCUGCAUUCUACUGCUCCUCUAAACACGUCCCAAUUCGCAGACAACGGUGGGAUUGACUCUCUUGAUGCUAAUGGCGGGUCGACCCGCGAUCAGUCUCAGCUGCGUUGCACGUUCAGUCAGACGAGGUUUCUUGUGAGGAUGUGGACAAAUCCAGCCUUUGGAGCGACUCUUCUUCCUCGGAUCGCCGACAAUGGCAGCAAUGACACAAAUGCAGGAGACAACAACUCCGCCACGGAUUUCAGCCGCCCCGGCUCGUUCCCGUACCCGACGACGAUUAGUAUUGACCGGCAUGGUGGAAACAUCAACAAGAAGGCCGUGUACUGCUACGGAGUCAAUCAAUUGCAAGUCAUACAGAACGAUAUCAAGACAGUGGUGCCAGAGUUCAGAGGAGUAGAAGGAACGUUGAUUAAUGCAGCGCCGGCGCUCGUGAACGGCACAGCGGGCGAUGAUAACGGGUUUGACCAGGGAGCUGGUGGGAUCGACGGGGGCACUGGAGGCUGCGAAUGCAUCUGGCAGAACUGGACCUAA